GUUUGCGCGGGAGGGAGGGGCAAAAUGAAGGGGGCGUGGCUAGGGGAUAGGGCGGGAGCUGAGUUAAGUGUUAGUGGCGCGAAGGGAAGGGGUGGGGCAAAAGGAACGGUGGGCACGCGGCUUUUAGCGCGCCGCGGUCCCGUUCUGCAAACUGCGUCGCGGUGGUCCCCGCGGCCACAGUCUCCCUGCGUCGUGCCCUGGCCCCCGUUUGCGCGCUCGCCCCCUUCGCCGGCGCAGUGACCGCGCGGGGCGGCCUCCCGUGAGGUAGCUACAACGAAUAAAGCUCCGGACCAGCGGUGCCCCCGGCGACAACUGGGCUGGCGACCCCGUGCUCUACCGUGAGGAGCAAGCUGCGGAGGCGACCUCCAGCCCGGCCCCGCACCAACCUUCUAGCAGGCACGGCAUGAUCCUGGUCUGACAUCUGCGGGAUGCUCCUUGAGCCCCUUCUCCGGUUGUUACUUCGCGGGGACGGGUGUGGCCACACCGACACUUAUUUUCCAAAGAAAUCAGUGCUUAUUCUUGCGGCGGCGGGGCCGAACACGCUUAUUUAUUUUUAAUUUUCUCAACAAGCUUUUACCCAGCACUUACCUAUCCAGCGAAACAACUUGCUAACCGUUUCAAGGUUGAGAAAUCGCUCCGUUAGGAAAUCUCGGACUGAGCCGCUUGUGGAAGCCCGCCUUUGCAUCGUCCCUCCUCAAAUGUUUUGAAGGUUGUUGCGUCUUCCCGUAACUGCCGGUGCGCCCAGAACCCCAUUCAAGGAACGUCUUGGUCCAGCAAUGCAAAGAACUGACGUUUGAAGGUUUUAUUUCUGUUCCUAGACGAUCGCGAGUUCCCGAACAACUCGGAACCGCUCCGUAGUCAGCUCAAGUGGAACCCCUAUUGCACGCCCUUCUCUCUCUUCCAGCCUAUCCAAGUGCUUUUGUGGAGUAAGAAGCCGUCCGAUGUCAUUGCUUCUGCAGCUGGUAGAGCCUGUAUUGUCCACAUAAUAGUAAAGAAGAAAUCAAGAUAGAGAAAGGAAGCAGCGAAUGAAGAAUAUAAAAGAAAAGAAGGAAUGUCAAAGAUUAAGAAAAUCUGCCAACACAAGGAAGGUAACCCAGAGGAAGCCAUCUUCAGGGCCUGUAUGCCGGCUAUGCCUUCGAGAACCUGGGGACCCUGAAAAAUUAGGGGAAUUUCUUCAGAAAGACAAUCUCAGCGUGCACUAUUUCUGUCUUAUCCUAUCUAGCAAGUUGCCUCAGAGGGGCCAGUCCAACAGAGGUUUCCAUGGCUUCCUGCCUGAAGACAUCAAAAAGGAAGCAGCCCGGGCUUCUAGGAAGAUCUGCUUUGUGUGCAAGAAAAAGGGAGCUGCCAUCAAAUGCCAAAAGGAUCACUGCGUCAAAAACUUCCAUCUUCCCUGUGGCCAAGAAAGGGGUUGCCUUUCACAAUUUUUUGGAGAGUACAAAUCAUUUUGUGAAGAACAUCGCCCAACACAGGACAUCCAAUGGGGGAAUGUGGGGGAGGAAGGCUGCAUCUUGUGUUGUGAAGAGUUAUCCCAAGCAAGUGUGGAAAACAUCCAGAGCCCAUGCUGUAGUCAAACUGUCUACCACCGCGCAUGCAUACAGAAAUAUGCCCACACAUCAGCAAAGCAUUUCUUCAAAUGUCCACAUUGUAACAACCGAGAAGAGUUUCAUCAAGAAAUGCUAAGAAUGGGAAUUCAUAUUCCAGACAGAGAUGCUGCCUGGGAACUCGAGCCAGGGGCUUUUUCAGAGUUGUAUCAGCGUUAUCAGCACUGUGAUGUGCCCGUCUGUCUGCAUGAACAAGGCAGAGACAGCUUUGAGGACGAAGGGAGGUGGAGCCUCAUUCUGUGUGCUACAUGCGGUUCCCAUGGAACCCAUAGGGACUGCUCCUUUCUUAGAUCCAACAGUAAGAAAUGGGAGUGUGAGGAGUGUGCACCUUCGGCUGAAGCCACAGACUACAUACCUGAACACUCAGGCGACAUCCCCUGCUGCAGCAGUACCUACUACUCUGGGGGGCAUUUUGACACCAGCCUGGAAGAGCAUCCGGGACCUUCUUGGACUGAUUUGCUAGGACCUUCCUUAUUAGACAAACCAGAGUCCUCUGGUGGCAGGAGGGGCCACUCCUGGCAGUCCUAAGGUGUCAAAAAUCACUAA